GUCGAAGGGGAUCCAAGAAUAGUUCAGAUAGAAGUGUGUAAUUUCUAGAGCAGAGCCCCGAGAGAAAUGAAACGCCCGGCUCCAGAAUGACACCUCGGUGUCACUGCAGCGGGGCCCGGGAGGUGGAAUACGAAGCUCCUAACGCUCAGGAAGUGGAAUCUGUGGUUUAGGGGGCCGAGCUCUGAAGGAGUUGAGAGAGACAGAAAAGAGAAAAAAAGCUAACUCAAGCACCAUUGCUCCUUAAAGGGAGGCUAAAUUUAAAGUCACACAAACUAGGCGCAAACCCCUCCUGCAGACCAGCUCCCUUCACCUCCGAAUGGGCCCUCCUGCCCCGCGGGCCGCUCGCGGGUGACGCGGCCGCCGCUGGCAGAGGGAGCGCGGCCGCGGCAGCACCCACCAUGCCGAGGUCCUUCCUCGUCAAGAGCAAGAAGGCGCACAGCUACCACCAGCCGCGCUCCGCCGACCAGGACUGCAGCCUGCGGCUGGAGACCCUGCUCGCCCAGAUCUGCGCAGACACGAGGAUCCCCGAGGGCGCGGGGUUGCGCCGCGCCGUCCUGCCCGUCCCGCAGCCCCCGGGGCGCCUCUCCCCGGGGCCGCCCCUCACCGAGGCCGCCGACGGCGCCUCCGAGUCGGCGCCCAGCUGCGAGGGCAGCGUCUGCGGCCGCGAGUCCGAGCCCGAGGACUGCUGGAGACCGCCCUCACCCUCCGUCUCGCCAGCCUCGGAGCGAUCUGUGUGCCCGUCCCUAGAUGAAGCACCCCCCUUCUCAGUGCCCUUCAAGCCGUACGUGUGGAACAGUUUGGGUGGCUCCGAGCUGAGACACCUUGUGCAAAGCUACAGACCCUGCCCGACGCUGGAGCGAACCUCAGCCCUUGGGCUCUUCUGCGAGCGGGGCUCCGAGCCAGCGCUCUAUGGUGCGGAGUGUAGUUCCUCCCUUGGACUUUAUGGUGACUUCGGCGCCACAGGCACAGGACUGUUUGAGCGGCCGCCAGCAGCAGCACCUGGACUCUAUGCUGAGACACAGUCUGGGCUGCAGCAAGAGAAGGGGCCAGGGGGCAUCAAGGUAGAAUCCGACCUCUUGUGCCGCCCGCUGCUCAUCAGCACUGGCUCUUACAAGUGUGUCAAGUGCAGCAAGGUCUUCUCCACGCCACAUGGCCUUGAGGUACACGUGCGCCGCUCACACAGUGGCACGAGGCCUUUUGCCUGUGACAUGUGUGGCAAGACCUUUGGCCACGCCGUCAGCCUGGAGCAGCACAAGGCUGUGCACUCGCAGGAACGCAGCUUUGAUUGUAAGAUUUGUGGCAAGAGUUUUAAGAGAUCCUCUACUCUGUCCACCCACCUGCUCAUCCACUCGGACACCCGGCCCUAUCCGUGCCAGUACUGUGGGAAGCGGUUCCACCAGAAAUCUGAUAUGAAGAAACACACCUUCAUUCACACAGGUGAGAAACCUCACAAGUGCCAGGUGUGUGGAAAAGCCUUCAGCCAGAGCUCCAACCUCAUCACACACAGCCGGAAGCACACGGGCUUCAAGCCGUUUGGCUGUGAUCUGUGUGGCAAAGGCUUCCAACGGAAAGUGGAUUUACGGAGACACCGGGAGACACAGCAUGGCCUGAAAUGAGCCCCUGCCACGUUAUGGAAAGUACCUACAACACUAUGAGAACAGACUCCCUUGGCUUCCCCGCUGGACCCGAGCUCUGCCCCGAACACAGACCCUGGGAUGCCUUUCUGACCAGGAGCUCGGAGAGGAAAGGAGAGGGCAGGGCUGUGCAUUGGGAGUGCAGCCUGAAUAACCGUGAAAGCGGGAACUAAAGGCUGGGGUUUCUCUCUUUCUCUUCCCCUCUCUGUUUCUGAAAUAACACUGGAAGAUAAGCCUUUUAAAUAUGAAGCCUAGUACUCCAAAGAUGGAUAAGCUACCAAAUAUCUGUAAGCUGGAAAAUAUUUCUCCCAUGGCCAAGAUGACUCCCGUGGAGUUUGCAGUAGCUUGAAUCACCUCGCAGAGAUUGUGGGUGCAACAGUGCUUACGGGGCAGUGAUGGAGCCAUUGGCACAUGGGGUGGGAGCACACAUGGGUUUGGUCUCAGUGCUGAUGGGCUUCCCUCUAGGAUUCCUGUCAGGAAAGCCUGGAGGAUCAGGACCGAACUGUGCAGUUUGACAUCUUGCUGGUUUUAAGCAGCGGUACCAGCUUGGAUCAGAUCCUGCUCUCCUGUGUUCUGGUGCAAAUUGGGAGCUGUGUUAGCAGUCAUAGAGGGACCCUUGUUCUCCCAUCGCUGCCUGUGCAAGGCUUGGCUGUGUGCUUGACUCUUGGAGGGAUGGGGGUGCUUGCUGUGCCUCCUGGGGAGAAGGAAGGUUGUGGCACAUGGGUGGGAAAGCUGAAGCACAGACUUGAUGCCUUAUGACUAGAAACCCACCCAACAAGAGAUCCUGGCUGAGGAGGGCUGGAGCUCCGGGGAGGCACAGACUUUCUGUCCAGAACCAUUUCUGGCUUCUGCACUCUGGGCUUGUUCAGAUAACUGGAAAACAGCUACUCCGUAGCAUAAUUUGUAUAUUUGUUUUUGGUUUUUUUUUUUUUUAUUUUUUAAAGGGAAACACAGCUGAGGUGGGCAGGAAUUGUUAUAAAAGUAUAAUUGACUGAACUUGCCUUAAAUGACCCUGCAUGUACCUUGGUUAAAACAAUGCUGUUUUUACUUUGUUGAGAGGUUUGUAAAUGUCCUUAUUUAGAUUUUAUCGUGUGUCUUAUGUUUAUUGGUACAUAUU